AUGCGUAAUACUGAUGGUUUACUUCAGGCUCCAAAAGCUACUUAUAAGGCGUUUCCCGUGCUCAUUAAGUCGCAUAAACUCACAUUAAUCCUCGACGCGCCGCCAGAUAAGAAGACAGUCGCGCAACUGAAGGAAGAGGUCUUAUCUGCCUUGACAUCAAAUGUCGUGAAUCGUGACGGCGAAUCUGACGUGCCCGAGGUGGAAAACCUUGACGACUUUGAAAUCUGCCGUGAGCUGAAGGAGAGGAAGGACAGAGCCGUCGUACCAACGGGCAAGUUCGAGGCUCUGGAUGAAAAUGCACAAGUCGCAAAACAGACUACACCAUACGAGCCUCUGUUUCUCCGAUUCAAGAAGAAUGGUGAGAUCUCUUGGUUAAAACCGGAAUAUACUUUACCACCACUCAACGAUGAUGAAGGUGAUCCAGAACCCGAGCUUCCAAAUAAGGGCAAAAGAAAAGCAAUCGAUUAG